AUGACAGCCCUCGUCCGAUUAACCCUGCUCCGGCGACACCUCGAUUCUUCCUUUCACCUCCGCCCCUCCUCCCUCCUCGACUCGAUUCCGCCGCCACCGCUGCCCAGCACAAUGAUCGAGAAUCCAGACAAGGACGAAAUAGCGAUGGAAAAACCCAUCCCUCCUCUCCCAAAAGAGCGACUAUCCCUCCCCCACCGCCUAAACUGUUUCCUCCAACUCUGGCUGCUCAAAUCCCUUGCCACCCUCUACUUCCUCUACCUCCGCCUCGUCAACCCCCCUCAACCGGGCACCCAACCAACCCUGACCAAGCGCUACGCCUGCCGCCCAACCCUGGAAACCCGCAUCUUCUACCCGCGCUCCUACGACUCCGCCCAGCGCCAACUCCUCCCACUCUACCUGAACAUCCACGGCGGCGGCUUCGCGCUGUGCGACGCUACCGUCGAUGACCCCUUCUGCAGCGCCUGGGCUAACCGCACCGGAAUGCUAGUCGUCAGCCUCAACUACCGCAAGGCGCCGCUCCACCCCUUCCCAACAGCCACCUUUGACGUUGCCGAAGUAGCCAAGUGCGUGUUAGCAGAUGACUCCCUCCCAAUUGACCACUCGCGCAUCGCCAUCGGCGGCUUCAGCGCAGGCGGCAACCUCGCGCUGUCUGCCUCGCAAUUCCCCGGUCUGAAAGGCCUGAUAAAAGCAGCAGUGAUUUACUACCCCAUCGUGGAUUUCGGCCACCCACCCAAUGAAAAGCUAGAUUCGAGACCGUACAAAGGUGGUCCGAAGGAUACGCUGGAAAAGACCUCCUGGUGGCUGGACUGGGGGUAUGUGAGUGUAGGGCAGAAUCGGAGGGAUCCACUGCUCAGUCCGGUGUAUGCGAGGAGGGAUGAGCUGCCGCCGUGGAUCUAUAUGAUUGGGGCGCAGUGGGAUAUGCUCCGGUUAGAGACGCAGCACAUGAUUCAUGGGUUGGCGGGGUUAGAGGAUAGAGUCGGGGUUGAGCAGGAGGAGGACUUUGAGGUGGGCAGGUAUAAGUGGACAUUGGCGAGGGGGUGUUCGCAUGGGUUUACCCAUGCGUCGCCGGGACGGAAGAAGGGGGGAAAUAGUAGGAGGAAGAGGGAGGAAGUUGCGAGGGGGAUUUAUGAGGAGGCGCAUGAGUGGUUGAAAAAGUCUCAGGUUCUUUCUUAG